AUGUGCUUAUUCGAGAUAGAUUUCUUUGAUAUGGAUGCCUCAGCAGUCAGGCUACGGUUUCCCCUUGGGGUGUGCUUCUUAAGACUCCGUGGCAUUAUCAUCUACAUCACAGCUGUGCCGUCAGCUGGGGAUCAAUCUGUCCUGUUUCUCACGGUUGGUGCCAACACCCCGACCGCCUGCUGCUUCUCCUACAUCUCCUGGCAGAUCCCGUGUAAAUUCAUGGAUGACUAUUAUGAGACCAGCCGCCAGUGCUCAAAGCCCAGUGUCAUCUUCCAAACCAAAAGAGGCCAGGAGGUCUGUGCCGACCCCAAUGGGGACUGAGUCCAGGAAUACAUCACUGACCUGGAGCUGAGUGCCUGA